AUGAUGACUGUAGUCAUGUAUGAUGAUUCAUAGUUAAUAUCAAACAGUCUGUGCUCAUAAUGAGAAUGGAGGAGCACUUCCUGUCUUAUUUCACUGUCACACGCUACAUGAAACAUCUGAUGUCAGCUUGUGAAUACUGACCUCAGUUAUACUGAAAGCACAAUAACUGCUUUAUAAAUGUGCAACACGUGUGCAUGUCUUAUGAAGUCCAUAUGUAGGAAGCCUUCAAAUAAAGAAGGAAGCCGACACACAGCAGACACUGACACCUGACUGAUGUUUUAAGGGGAAAUUUGCAUGAGAUUAAACUCUGAAGAAUUCAUUGUUCUGUGAAACGUUGCUGCCGUCCUGCACACCUGCUGAUCUACAUGAAUGUGUCCAGAGUACGUGAUGGAACCUGAUUGGUCCACGCAGGAUGAGAGAUGACAGAUAAUAAAGAACAUUUAAAAACGAGCAACACUGUGACCCAGACACCGGAGAAGUGGACCGACGAGGAAGACCACGAUGAAGAGUUUGAUCCCUCUGCUCGUCUUGGCGUCAGCAGUUGCUGGUGCUGUGGACAUCCAGAAAAGGAUAAUAAAUGGAAAGGAUUGCGGUGAAGACCAGGGUCGGCACUACGUGGUCCUGAUGAGGGUGAAAGAUGAUUUUAACACCAGGUUCUGUGGAGGGAAUCUGAUCAGUCCAGACUGGGUCCUCACUGCUGCACACUGUGAUGAACCGGACUUUUAUGUGAUUUUGGGCAAACAUCCAGCCGGACAGGGAACAACGAUGCACAUCACUACAGGGAAUGUAAAGCAUGUCUAUAACGCUGAUGGUCACAAUCAUGAAAUCAUGCUUCUUAAACUGCCCCAAACUGCCCCUCAGGGACUUCCCAUCAUCCAACUCCCUGAUGUUACAUGUUCAUCACCUACUGUUAAUGGCGAUCCCUACACUAUUAUGGGAUGGUCCUACACAGAUCCUGGGCACAAGAAUUUACCGGCUAAACUGCAGUGUGGAACCGUUCACCUGCAUGCAGACUGCACUGGUCGUAACGUGGAUGCCAAUGACCCUGACGCUGAUCAUGACUGGGUAGGACAACAUAUGCUGUGCUCCUAUGAACGCAACGGACCCCGAGUAUGUCAGAGCUGCCCAGGGGAUUCUGGCGGCAGUCUGGUGGGGAAGGAUGGUCUUCUGUAUGGAGUGACUGGUGGUAGUUUAUCUGGCGAAGGGUGGACUGUCUACAUGGACGUCUGUGCCUACAGGCAGUGGAUUCGCACUGAAACUGGCAUCUAAACUUGUCUGUAACUGACCAAAGGUCAGUCAGUACUGUGACACUGUCUGACAAU